AUGUUAUUUUCUUUUCCCAAAACUACCGUUACUUCCACGGAGGGAGAGGUGAAGAUCCCUUUGCUUUUUUUUGUUCAACACAUUCAAUGCCAUGUCUUAAGAUUGAUAUACGAAGUCUUCUCCGACGAAGAGGCCAUGACCCUUAUGGAUGACAACUACACAUUUCAUAAGGCGGUCGCCACGCCCAAUGUAAAUGAUGAAGAGGAUUGUGGGGGCAUGAUUAGGUUCGCGCUGAAGGGGCGCGUGGUGCAUGCCGUCUUCAAGGUUGAAUGGGUAGGGGAUCUUCGGGUCAUAACCCGGAAUGCCCAGGUCUUGCAGGGACCAUACGUGGUCGAGGACGAAAGAUAA